UCAGAUUGUUAGUACAAGUUUUCUCUUUCAAUCUUUCUCUCUUCGUUUCUAAAGAAGGGGUGUAUGAAAGGAAAAGGAGGGCCUGAGAAUUCAGGGUGUAAUUACAGAGGGGUUAGGCAAAGGACUUGGGGAACAUGGGUUGCAGAGAUUCGCAAACCAAAUAGGGGAAAGAAACCCUGGCUUGGGACUUUUGAUACUGCAGAUGAUGCUGCCUCUGCUUAUGAUGAAGCCGCUAGGGUGAUGUAUGGUGCCUCGGCUAGACUCAAUUUUCCAGAGUCUGUUUCCACUGUGUCGGGUCCUACUUCUGCAGGAUUUGAGGCUUCUGCUGAUGAAGAAAUUCAUUAUGCUGUCACGGAAGCUGCUAGUUUGGUGGAGACAGAUGUAAAGGAUGAGUCUACUGCUAUGCCAAGUACAAGUAGUUUGGUAAAGGAUGAAUCUACUGGAGAUAAUGGACAGAAGGAAUUGCUGGCUUAUUCUAGAAAUGAGUUAUUUGAUGAUGCAGAACUUAUGGCACUAUUCGAAGAUAUUCCUCUUGACUUCACGUAUUCAGUACUGGAUUUUGGUUCUGAUGUGAAUCAACUUGGAUUCCCUGACAUUAAAGCUGACAUGCCAAGUUUGGUGGACACAGAAGGAAAGGAUGAGCUUGUAAAUGAAUAUUUUGAUGUGGAUAUGGGAUAA